UUUAUUGAGUAGCUCCUCGGCCAAUGAGCGAACAGUGCCGGGAAAUACAGCAGUGGAACUGCACCGGUCCUGAUGCUUGUGCUGAUUUCAGUGUGUUAGAACAAUGUUAAUCUGUGUGAGUGUUUCCUCUCCUCCCUGCCUGAUCUGAGUGCACGUCAGCAGCACCUUGAGCCAAGAAAAGUCUUGUUUGAGAGUGUCUGCUUCUUGGACAGAGACACCCCCCCCAGGUGAAACUGGCACCUUCCAGCUCUGGGGGUUUUUGAGAUGUCUUUUGAGAGUGGGAUGAACCAAAGUGCAGAUUGUUAAGAUUAUUUUUUCUUCUUCCUCCUGCAUAUCUGACCCUGUUCUCUGCUUCCACUCGUUUAGGAAGCAGCACAUCUCUCUUCACAAGGGACGCUGCGCCUAGUCUUUGACAAUGAAGUUCAACUUGUUCAGAGGGGCACAGGCUGUGGCCGCCCCCGAGCCCACCGGUGUCACCACCGAAACGAUGGCUCCCACCCCGGCUGUCAUCGCCACCACGGUGCUGGACACCUCCGGCUCCGGCAACAACACAGAGAUCAGCAAGAACGACAUGUUCGAGGAGAUCAAGAGCAAAUUCUUGAAUGAAAUUGAUAAAAUCCCGCUGCCUCCGUGGGCUCUGAUCGCCAUCGCUGUGGUGGCUGCGUUGCUCAUCCUCACCUGCUGCUUCUGCAUAAUCAAAAAAUGCUGCUGCAAGAAGAAGAAGAACAAGAAAGGGAAGAAGGGCAAAGACGGCUUCAACAUGAAGAACAUGCAGGGCGAGAUUCACCAGGACGACGAGGAUGACGACGAGGGAGAAACCGGGCUGACGGAGGAGGAGAAAGAGGAGGAAGAGAAAGAGGAGGAGAAACUGGGGAAACUGCAAUAUUCUAUAGAUUUUGACUUUGAAAAUGCAAAGCUCACAGUUGGCAUCCUUCAAGCUGCGGACCUCAUAUCCAUGGACUCAGGUGGAACGUCCGAUCCUUACGUUAAAGUGCAGCUGCUACCUGAGAAGAAGAAGAAGUUUGACACCAAAGUCCACAAGAAGACACUGAACCCCGUCUUCAAUGAGACAUUUGUAUUCAAGGUUCCCUACGAGGAGCUCGGUGGGAAGACUCUGCUGAUGUCUGUUUAUGACUACGACCGAUUUUCCAAACACGACGUCAUUGGAGAGGUGAAGAUUCCCAUGAACACCAUCGACCUCGGGCGGCCGAUCGAGGAGUGGAAGGACCUGGAGAGCGCAGAUCAAGAGGAGCCUGAGAAACUGGGAGACAUCUGCAUCUCCCUCCGUUACGUCCCCACCGCCGGGAAACUCACCGUCUGCAUCCUGGAGGCAAAGAACCUGAAGAAGAUGGACGCCUGUGGAUUAUCUGAUCCUUAUGUGAAGAUCCAGCUGCUGCAGGGCGGCAAACGCCUGAAGAAAAAGAAGACCACAGUGAAGAAAAACACCCUAAACCCAUACUAUAACGAAUCCUUCAGCUUUGAAAUCCCCCUGGAACAGAUGCAGAAAAUCUUGGUGGCGGUCACAGUGUUUGAUUACGACAAGAUCGGUAAGAACGACGCCAUCGGAAAGAUCUUCGUGGGCAGUAAGGCGACCGGUCUGGGUCUGAAGCACUGGUCCGACAUGCUGGCUAACCCGCGCCGCCCCAUCGCCCAGUGGCAUCCAUUGCAGCCGGAGGAGGAUAUCGACGGCCAGCUGGCGUCCUUGAAUGCAAAGAAGUAACGUGCUCCACCAACCAGCUAAUGCACUAACUCAGAAAUCCAACACCCCCCCAACCCCACCCCCUACUUUGCAUGAAACCCAUGACUUAACACAUGACUUCAGGUCAUGAAACCUGCUCAGCAAAAAAGAGACAUCUUAGAAUAAUCCGCUCAUUCAUGGUUAAGUCGAGAAAAAACUCUUUUUAAGCAUCACAUCUCACACAUUUAGUGUAUGCUGAGGAGAAUGGCGUUGAGUUACCGGGUGACUGGUUCAUGAAUGAUAGACUGUUUGGUCUUUCUUUCACUUGAAGAAAUUUAGAAACUGAUUCCUAGGGUGCUGACACUGAACGAAAGUCUUGGUGAAGACAAUGCUGGAAAUAAAGCUUUAGUUUAGUUUAUAGGGCAUGCUUUACUUACCUCCCCCCACUGCUCUGCAUUCACCACGCCCAGUAUUGUAUCUUGCUAAUAAGUGUGCUAUAACUUGCAGUAGUAUUGGGUUAUUUCCUGCAUAGAGUCUGUUUAAGUCUAUUAAUGCAAAAAUAUUUAAUUGAGGAUGAAUGAGGUCAAGGUCAAUGAAUGCAGCGCUCCAUGUUGCAAUAUGUUUUUUCAAGAUAAAUCUGCAUAAAUGAUUGUCUUCAUUACACAGUAAACAGUAUCGUCUGAUCUUAGUUGCUUGUUUUGUGUUGCCGUCAAAAGGCACGUCUAUGCAUUUAGGCUCAACACGCAUUUCUGUGUCUUCAGACAGAUCUAACGUAGGACAGGAGUACAAGGGUGCCUUUCCUGAUAGAAUCACAGUAAGCUUAAUCGUUUUAUUUUGAAGGGGAACUUUUGAGAGUCAUUCAAAAGUAGUCAGGGACACUGUGAAUGUGCCAUCUGAGCUGUGUUGACCACUUGGAUGUAAAACCUUACUUAUCUGUGGACAGAGUAAGGAUACGAGACGGCUUAUCAAUGAUGUUCAAAUCAAUUAUUUUAAAUACAGUGCCAUCUUGCUCAUUUUUCUUUUUAUUAUUACCAUAAAGCGGAUUACAUGUCUUUCUUUGACAAAUGUUGUAGUUUACCAAACAUACUGCAGUACACUUUAAUAGUUUCUGGAGAAACAACACAAGGAUUUCUGUCAAGAUGUUUUUAUAGAGAACUGAAUUUGAAAUGUAACAUGUAGCCGCACUUUUUAAGAGGACGUGGAUUCAUGUAGAGUUUGUAGAGUCUCAACAGAGCAAGUGUUACAUCAAAAACAUAUAAUACAAUAAACAUCUUGGACCAUUUUUGCUUGAACCAAAUAGAGCUGCAGAAUCUAGCAUGUAUCAUGCCUCGCAGUAUUUCAUGUCGUUUGGAGUCGCUCACUCGUCGGCCACAAGCUUUGUAAACCUGGAGCCAAAAAGCUGCAACAUGCUGAUGUUACAACCUCAUCGCAGACAUACUGUGUUAGACUGAUGUGCAGAGGAACGGACGCAAAGAAAGACCAGAAUUAUUCUAAUCUUAUAAGCAACUCAACGCCUUACUGUGAAGCUCAAAUGCUAUACUGAAUACUUUUCAAUGCCACUGAAUUUAUGGCAGUAAAAUUAUUUAUUUUGAGAGAAAUGUAUCUGAAAUCAUGUGGUUUAAAGACUGAAUUAUUUUGAAUGUUGUGUUUAAUUCACAAAAUAAAUUGACAUUAAAUUAUACUCAAGUUGCUGAAAUUCAAUCACCAGAUUUAGGAUAAAAGUAAAUAUAUUUAGGAGAUAUAUAAUAAAUAAAUUAAUAAAUAUUUACAGAGAGAAACAUUUUUAGGAUAAAGAAUAUAUAUUUUUUCGGAGGUAUAUAAUAAAUAAAUAAAUAAAUAUUUACAGAAAGAGAAAUUAUUAUUUGAUAAAGAAUUUAAAUGAAUCAAUCCCCAUAUUUACUAGAGGUGUCCAGAGAAUGUAUUAUCUGUAUCUGUAUUCAAAUAGAAAACCAGAAAUGUACAAAGUUAAUCCAAUAAAAUACAUAAAAUCAGGCAAUUAUUAUAUUUUCUAACCUUAUAUUUGUUGGCAAUGUAAUUUCCGUGCCUUCAAAGCAUCAAAUAUAUAAAAUAUUGGCCUAUGAUUAAUUUAAAAGUAUAUAUUUAUAUAUUUGACUAAAAAGUAGCUCAGAAUGAAAAACUGAAGUCUUUUGGAAUUUGGAAAUAGUUUUUGAAAAGAAAAAUAAAUAAUUAAUGUUUUCAAAAUUCAAAAAGAGUGGAACUAAACCUUAUUAAUUCAGAAAAAAAUGCUAAAGUAAAAUAUUAAAAUUCUUUGAUAUCAGUAGUAUUUCAGUCCCAACAUUAAGUAUUCAGUGGUGGUUCUAUUUCAUAAUCAGGCAUUCAGAUGAGUAUAAAACUCAAAUUAAUUCAGUCUUUCUUUGCUUCUGUAGGAAACCAUUUUGUCACCAGAAAUAAAAAUAAUUCUGCAGGCGGGUGAACAGCAGCACACUGAUUGGUCCAUGCACAGUACUACUUCUUCCUAUUGUUAACAUUAUGCAUCGCGCAAAUUUGUUAAUAGGCUACAGCAUGUAUUCACAAGAUGAUGUAAAUAGUAGCAUGUUUUAAAGAGGAACCAUAAUUAUAUUGUGUAUGUGUGUUUGUGUUCUGUGUCAUUUUUGAUAAUAAAACGGAGUAAAAAAAAGAGUAUGCACUGACUGCAAAGUGUAUGUAUUUUUGCUGAAUGGGACUGAAUGUAUGUCUGAAUAAUCCAUGUUCGGGUUCAUGGACUCCUUUAAUGGCCGGGGUUAAAGCAGGGUUGCUUUGUGUAUCACAUGUGACAAAAAAAUCCACUUAGUUUGCCAUAAAUCUGCAUGACUGUCUGGUUUCCUGUCAUCGUUUGUACGUGUCCUCUGUGCUGAAUCCAGUGUUACGAAACGCUUCAUACAAGUCAUGUAAUUACUGUUCAUUUCUGCUUGCACUUGUUAUACAGUGUGUGUUGGUCACUGACCAGUAAACUGUAUAUAUUUAAAGAAAAAAAAAAAGGAGAAUAUUUGCUGGCUCCUUGAUUUUCUAUCUCAGUGUACCGUAAGUGUUUCCUUCAUUUUCUCCUGCCAGAUGGGUGUCAAGUCUUAAGUUUAUUAAAUGUAGAUAAAGUGGACGACUUAA